AUGAGCGGUGAUAACGAGGCCUUGCCUUCGAACGAGAAGGGCGAACUGGACAAGCUGCCAGCCGCCCAAGCUGGCGACGCCGUCGAAGCCGCCGUCACACAGACCCACAUGUCCUUGUUGGAAGGCCUCCGACGGUAUCCCAAAGCAGCUGGAUGGUCCAUUCUUCUCUCCACCACGAUCGUCAUGUUGGCAUAUGAUACCAUAUUGCUCGGCAGCUUCUACGCAUAUCCGUCAUUCCAGCGCAAGUACGGCGAGCCGGCCAAGAAGGGAUACCAGAUCCCAGCUUCGUGGCAGAGUGGACUUUCUGAUGGUUCGAACGUUGGCGGGAUAAUUGGGCUUAUCCUGAACGGGUUCCUCUCCGACCGGUACGGGCACAGGAGCGUCAUGCUGGGAGCGUUGGUGGCUACCACGGGCUUCAUCUUCAUUCUCUUCUUUGCGCCCAACUUGACGGUCCUUCUGGUGGGCGAGAUUCUCUGUGGCAUCCCGUUCGGCAUGUUCCAAGGUCUCACCACUGCGUACGCCUCGGAGGUUGUUCCUGUCGUGUUACGACAUUACUUGACCUCGUACAUCAAUCUGUGUUGGGUUUUCGGGCACUUCAUUGGCGCUGGAGUGUUGCGUGGGUUGCUCUCCCGGACGGACAAAUGGGGCUACAAGAUACCAUUUGCCAUCCAGUGGAUCUGGCCUGCACCCCUGUUCAUUGGCAUCAUCUUCGCACCCGAGAGUCCUUGGUUCCUGAUCAGACGAGCUCGAUUCGAAGACGCAAAACGGUCCUUGCGAAGGCUGGCCACAAGACCUGACGAUGCAGAGCUUGAUGACAACCUGAAGCUGAUGAUUCAUACCAACGACAUCGAGAGAGAGGUCCAGAGUGGAACGUCGUAUUUCGACUGCUUCAAAGGCGUUGAUCUGCGCAGGACAGAGAUUGUCUGCAUGGCGUAUCUCAUUCAGUAUCUGUCAGGCAACGGUCUCUCUGGAUACUCGACGUACUUCUUCGAGCAAGCUGGACUGUCUACAACCGACUCGUUUGAUCUCACAAUGGCUCAGUAUGCGAUCGGCUUCGUCGGUACAGUCCUUUCGUGGUUUCUCAUGGCUCGCUUUGGACGGCGGACAUUGUAUCUGACCGGCAUGGUACUUUCCAGCAUCUUGCUGAUGAUCAUCGGAUUCCUGGGCUUGGCAUCAGAUCACAAUGAUUCUGCCAAUUGGGCCAAGGGGGCGCUGUUGUUGGUGUUUUUCUGCGUGCACUCUUUGUUCAUCGGACCGCUACUUUACGCCAUCAUCGGAGAAAUUCCAUCGACCCGACUCCGCCAAAAGUCCAUCGUCCUCGCAGCAAGCGCUUGGAGUAUCCUGGGUCUAGUCAAUGCCAGCUUGACGCCGCACAUGCUCAAUCCAACUUCGUGGAACUGGGGUGCAAAAGCCGGCUUCUUCUGGGGAGGUCUCAGUAUCCUAUCGACGGUGUGGACCUACUUCAGGUUGCCUGAGGCCAAGAACAGGACUUUUGCGGAGCUGGACGUCCUGUUCAACAACAGAGUGAGCGCCAGAAAGUUUCGGACGUGUGCCGUUGAUCUCUCGAAUGGCACUGUCGCUGAGGGAGCACGAGAUGCGAGUGUAGUUGGUUGA